UGGAUUUUCCCCUUUACCCGAUCCCCGUCGGUACUGGUAACCGAGUAACAAGACGUGUGUCGCCAGAGAAUACAGGCACUGAACGUUGUCUUUUGAAGUCAUCUUUAAAAAAACGCCUGCUCCAAGUUGAGCAAGAUUUGGCAGCGGCCAGAGGAGGAGGGAGGGAUUGAGGCAGGGAAGGCGGGCGCUGUGCCUUUUAGAAGCACUCGGUCUCAGAACCUGUAAGCUCUUGUAGUAAUGUGAUCAGAUGUGACUAAAGAGGAUACUGCAGUCUCAGAAAGAACUGUAAAAUCUAUAUAACUCCAACCCAGGAAAAAGGCCAGUGUAAGCUGCUUCCACUCUGCUAAGAAAGAUGCUGGAAAACUGGAUACUGACCAUCGUUGUGUCUGUAGGUGUGGGCUCGGUUCUUUUUAUGGUAGCCCUGUUUGUGCUGGUCAGGAACAACGCCCACGCCACCAUCUUCUGGAACGAAAUCGUCCUAGAGAAGAUCACCAACUUCGUCAUGGAUCAGAGCAAAGAGCAGAGGAUCUUGAACUCUGUGACCUACAAUGCCAUCAAAGGGGACCCCGAGAGCGUCUUGGACUGCAUCGACAAGUACUGCUCCCAGAAAGAGUGGGCCAUGAACGUGGGGGAUGAGAAAGGUUUGAUCCUAGAUAAGAUUGUAGAAGAGACGGAUCCAUCUGUCGUGUUGGAGCUUGGGACUUAUUGUGGCUACUCAACCGUCAGGAUCGCUCGGCUUCUGAAACCGAAGGCUCGACUUCUCACCAUUGAAAACAAUGCUGAGUUUGUACCCAUCGCGAAAGAAAUUAUCGAGAUUGCUGGACUCAGUGAUAAGGUGACCAUCAUCGAAGGCCAUUCGAUGGACGUUAUCCCCCUGCUGAAGUCAAACUAUAUGGUGGACACGUUAGAUUUUGUCUUUCUGGACCACUGGAAAGAAAGAUACGCUCCAGACACUGUCCUGCUUGAAGAAAAUGGCCUCUUGCGCAAGGGCUCCGUUCUUCUGGCUGACAACAUAAUCUUCCCAGGGGCUCCAGAUUUCAUCAAGUACGUCCGUAGCAGCGAGCACUUUGAGUGUACCAACUACCCUUCUCACCUGGAGUAUAUGAAAGUAGAAGAUGCUAUGGAGAAGGCUGUGUACCUGGGAUAAGAGAGAGAGAGAGAGAGAGAGAGAGAGAGAGAGAGUUAACUAGCGUUCAGCCCCUGUUUGUAUCUGUGAGCCCUUAGUCUUGUCACUGCUUGAACUUUAGCUUUCUGUAAUUUGGGGCCUGUGAUUGAAAAGCAAGCGUAUUGCAGGAAGGCGACUUAUAAUACAAGGAAACUCAUCUAUAGGGGGAGCCUGUGUUUAGGUAGGCAGCCACGGAACAGCCCCACAUGCCCCCAAGGGACCAUGUUGUAGUCCUCUCAUUUUGGUUCAUGACUGGCUUCAUGAAUGGGAGGAAGAACUCACUUGCUGGCCUUUCUUUCUCUAAAAACGUUGGCUCCAGUUCCAAAUGCAGAUUCCGGGUCCAGGAUCCUGUGUUGGAUCUGGGAUCUUCUUUCUGCAAGAGGUGCGGCUGCCUUAUUUUGGGGGAUCCUCCCCCUCCCCAUUCUGCAGAGCCUCCUGGCCCUCUGUGAAGGAUCUCAGGGGGCGGCGGGGGGGGAGGCGAUGGCUGCCGUGGGAAGGACUGGGCAGGGAAGUCCACUUUUGCCCGCGCAAUUCAUCCAGCUCCAAUCUGGAUCCAACCCUUUUGUGUUUCUCAGCUAAACGAAACCAAACCGCUCUUUUGAGAAACCCCGUUGGGGAUAGGUAGAGCGGCAGGGAGACAAUACCUUUGCACGGGGUAUUUUUUGGGGGAAACCACGUGGCAGGACUGUAACAAUGACACCAACUCCCUUUGGCCCCGGCUGCCCCGGUCUGUUUUUAUAGGAAGAAGCCAGAUGGUGGAGGUAGCUCAGUGUUAAAAUAACCAGGACAGCACGCAGCUGAAAACCACAAUCUGUAUAGAAAAAGGGCAAUUUAAGCAAAUGAGCAUAUGUUUGCAUAUUUUUGUACUGCUGGUUUCAGAAAGGGACAACCUUCCCGCCUCCAAAUCCUCCCUCUGCUGGUUUCAAAUGUGACGGAUUUAUCUAUGUUCCAAACCAACUAAUACCUUGCAACAGGGAAAUGUUUGGUACAUCCCAAUUCACUGCCUGGGCCCACCCAACCCACACGUAGCUGCGGGCUCUCCUCUGCCUUCUAUCCACUGGAUCACUUACUGCUGAAGUGUUGAACUUCUUUUUCAGACCAAGGGCCAAAUUCCACUUAAAAGCUGCUCCCUGGGGGCUGCAUUCUAGUGGUGGUGGUGGGAGCAAAAGGGGCAGGUCAAAAACACCCCCAAUGCCAACACCUUUUAGUUAAAAACUCUUAAAUGAGCCUCGUUGGAGAGGCGUUUCAGCCUUUUAAAAUGCGGGUGUGUGUGUGUGCACAGAAGCCAGAAAACUACCAGUGGCCGGGGGGUGGGGGGAAGGGACGUGGCCAUCUGGGACAACUCAAACCCUGGGCCUGAGGUUUUGUACCCCUGAUUUACUCAGCGCCCCAUUUAUCUACCUAUUUCAAAGUCAAAACUUAGAUUGGUUAGACGAUUCACCCGAAAAGAGCCUCUGGUGGCAACCGGGUCACAAGAUCCAUAUCAAACCAGUUUCACAACCCUAAGAAACCAGUUAGCCCUAUCUUGCCUGGUGCCAGACGGUGCAAUGAAGCCCUCAGGUAGAACCCUACGGAGCACCCCCUGGGAGGUUAGGCAGGCAAGGGGUGUGUGUGUGUGUGUUUGUGUGUGUGUGUGUUAGAUUGAAGAGUAUACUCACGGCCUUGCUUCCCUGACUUAACAACGGUGCAAAAGAAGAGUCCUCUUUCGACUGGUGCACCAAAACUGGGAGGUCACCAAGGCCUUGCUGGCAUUGUUGUUUUCCUUCAGCCCCGCUUUUGUAUUGUGCCUCGAUCCCAAACAGCAGGCAGAGAGAUUGGAGUGCACCCUCCUGGGCAGGUAUCGGCAGAUGCUUCUGGCAUCACGGCCGGGAGAGUCGGGCCAUUCCAGUUGAUGAACUUGGCCGUGGGUUCUUCGCCGUUCAGCACAACUCCACCGCUGUUGAGGGGGAGACGGUCACUGAAAGGCGAGAGAGGCCAACAACACAGAGACUAAUUGUGUCCGCCCUAAACUUGCAAGAACUCUCCUGCUCUGUACUCCCUGUCACAGGUCCAAAAUCUAUAAACAUUCAGAUUUAUAAAUAAAAGUAGGUUUUCCAAAGAGAA